AUGGGCAUUUUUAUAAAUUCUAACACGGGUGAUAUUUAUGUAGCAGACAUGUACAAUCACAGGAUUCAAUUAUGGUAUCCGGGCUCAGAUACAGGUGUUACAGUAGCAGGAGGCAACGGAAGAGGAUCGGAUUUGGAUCAACUUUAUAAUCCAACGUCAGUAAUAUUAGAUGCUGAAUCGAAUGUGUAUAUCUGCGAUUUGGGCAACCAUCGUAUAGUGAAAUGGUUACGAAAUACAACAAAUGGAAUAUUGAUUGUAGGCAAGAGUCAUGGAAGUGGAGCCGAUGAAUUAUCAUAUCCAAACUCAUUGCAAUUCGAUCGAGAGGGUAAUUUGUAUGUUUCUGAUGGUGGCAAUGAACGUGUACAAAAAUUUGUUAUUAAUAAUGGAUCCUCCAAUUAUAGUAUUGUUUCAACGUACGGUGGUACGACUAAUGGCAUUCGACAACAUUGUGUAUUUCCAUUUCUUUAUCAGGGUAACUUGGCGAGUAGUUGCAUUAAAACUGAUCAACCACCAACAACAGUAACCGAUUUAUCGACCGAUCCUUGGUGUUCAUUGACCUCUAGUUUUGACCAAGAUCAACAAUGGGGCUAUUGUGAUUUAGGUGUGACACCAUCGACAUUAAAUAAUAUUUGCAUUGGAAAAUCCAAACAAUUGAAAUGUCCAUCUGACUACGUAAUUGAUAUUCUUACAGCUGUUUAUGGAGUCAAAACUGAUUCAGCUGCUAAAUGUUCCUAUGAUCCAACUGAUUGUUUUCAGAAUGAUGAUUCUACAAUCACUGCUGUUUGUGCCGGGAAAAAUUCGUGUCUGAUUCAUUAUUUUGAUAAAAUAUUGACAUCAUGUGACAAUCUUAAAUCGACGUAUUUGCAUUUGGAUUACAUAUGUGUGCCAGAUACUGUUCCUAACAUAAGAGAAUAUAAUAUAUGUAGUGAUGUGUUAAUACAGCCAACAAAUGAAGAAUCAGUGAAACGUGGAUACAUCGUGUCAUCUAAUUUUUCAAACACACAAUCGGAUAUUGAUUGCUUAUUGACAAUUCAACCGUUGGAUAAACAAGAUGUUUAUGUCUAUUUACUUGAUAUGGAACUGACUGCACCUCUGCUAGGACAAGGAUGUGCGAAAGAUAAAUUAAUACUAACGUACGAUGGUGUAACAAAUGAAAUAUGCGGACGUUCUUACACACAUUUUCUUUUACAAACGUGUCAUUCAGCGUUAACAUUACAAUUAAUAAAAUCGCGUAAUUCAAAUGGUAAAGGUGUAAAAUUAUAUUUUGAAUUUAUUGAUCGUCCACCAAGUACAAUGUGUUUGGCACCUCCGACGACGAUGUCACCAUUGCUGACAACAUCGUCAAAAAAUCCCGAUUAUUAUCCGAACGUAUCCCCAAUAGAGACACAAAUAUUUUGUUAUAUGAAUGAUACCGGACUCUUUGGUGAUAACAUUAAGUGUAUUAAUAAUUAUCUGUUAGUUAUACAUCGCGCAUUUUAUGGAAAAGGACAAACGUGUCACUAUACAAACGAGGAUUGUAUAGCAGAAACAGACUAUGUCUAUCAUCAGUGUGCCGGUCAACAAUCAUGUGGUGUAUCAUUUUGGACUCCAUCACAAAUACCAGAAUGCGAUGGAGCGUAUGCAACCUAUUUAUACAUUGAAUAUCAGUGUGUACCUACUUUAAAUAUCCAACCAUCGCUACAAGUAUGUUCAUCAACAGUAUUGUUAAAUGUUCCAAGUGGUAUUCUAACAAGUAUGCAUUAUCCAAUUUAUUCACAAUACCAAUGUCCUGAAAUAUCAUUAGAACUGCCAGAAAAAUAUACCUUGUCCAUGUAUCUUCUUGAUAUGGAUUUUGCCCCAAUAAAUAGUCAAAAUCAAACAUGUUUAGAUGAUUAUCUUAUAUUACAAUAUCGAUGUGAUGGUCAUUUUGUGAAACAUCGUCUAUGUGGAACGGAAAAAGCAAAAUUUUUAUUUCACACAUGCAAUUCAGAUGAUAUUGAAUUAUCCUAUCGGCAAUAUUCACAUCAAACACAAGGAGGCUUUGCACUUUAUUAUCAGCUUUAUUCGAGAGAUCAUACAUCUGCAAUACCUUCAUCAACAACAUCAGUUACUACUACUACAGCUGUCACGGUAUUGAAUACGACAGAUUCAUCACCAAUUAUGAGUACACCAGCAAAAACAAUAACACUAUGUGUGGGAAAACACCACAUAAUAUCAUGUCCGAAAGAUUCUGUUAUUGUUUUAUUAACCGUUGACAUGGGUGUUAGUAUACAAGAUUUGUGUCAAUAUUCGCCAUUCGAUUGUUUUGAAGAACGUCCACAUUUGCAUAGUUCAUGUAAUGGUAAAAAUUUGUGCACUAUCUCUUAUAUCACCGCACUACAAGUAAAAUCAUGUGAGAAUAAAUCUGCACUUUAUCUAUAUGUUGAAUAUCAAUGCGUACCUGUUAAAACACAACUUCAAGUCGAUAUUUGUGCAACAAAUCAAGCAGUUAUUCAACAUUCUGCAAAUAUUCUAUUACCGUCAUACGUUCCGUUAACACGUGAAUGUAGUGUCGAUUUGUUUUCAACCCCAUUGUCAUUUGGUGGUAAACCUCGCUCAUUUAAAAUUUAUCUAAUAGCAAUGAAUCUACCUGUGACAAUUCAAAAUGGACAAUGUGAUGUCGUUCAUGACGCGUUUGUCGACAUUCACGAAAUGGAUAUAACUUCGGCGAGGCUAUGUGGAAAUUUACAUACUCGAUUUCUAUAUGAAUCAUGUUCAGGUACAAUAAGAAUAACAUUUCAUGAUAUAUUCAAAGACGCAACUUCAGUGUUAAACUAUACGGGCUUCAAUUUAUAUGUUGAACCAGUUGUUCAAAAUACCAAUGAUGAAUGUGAGUCAGCAUUUACGCAGCGGCCGCCAAUACAUGCUCAACCGUUAAUGAUCUAUAAUGAAACGGUUUGUUUAUCGCCUGGGAGGACGAGAAUAUCACUGUUAUGUACAGAAAAUCACGGACUAUACGUCACACACACACCAGUUGCCUGUCAGAUGAGCGAAGAACAAUGUCACUAUCCAAGUGACCAACCCCAAUCUCUGUGUUCUGGACAAACGCAAUGUACCUACACAUUUAUCCGAGAAGAAAAUUCAACAAACAUUUGCGGUAAUCGUUCAACAGAUUUGAUUAGUUUUCAUUAUCACUGUAUUCCUAUGCAACCUACUCAUUCGUUAACUGAUUAUCCAACUGUCACUUUUUGUAAUGAUUCUAUCGUAACAUUUACACAAGGUUUCAUACAAACACCGGAUUAUCCAUCGAUGUUCAGUUAUGAUAAAUAUUGUAAAAUGAAAAUAAUUUUGCCAGUUGAUGCAACAAUCCGGUUUUAUAUUGUUCAAUUAUCAUUACGUACUCUUACUGAAAGAGACGACUCAUGUUAUGAUUCCAUAACUUACAGUGACGGUCAACAAGCGUCGGUAUUAUGCGGCGAUAUCGACCGACCACAAUUUGAAUAUAGAACACAAUCUAGAGAAUUAGAAUUUGAAUUGCAAACAUUUGAUAAAUUGCCUACAGAUAAUGAAUCACCGUUAAGGGGUUCUCUUUUAUUCUUUUUUAUUGAUAAUAAUAUAACAAUGACAACAGCAAGCUCCGAAUCCACGUAUCGCACAAACACUUUAGAAUUAUACGUGGAAAAUAAAGGUUGA